AUGCAUUAUCAACCAGAACUCGACGGCUCAGCUGAACCGCUCUCUACCUACUCCAGUCUUGAAAUGGAAAGCUCGCGAGAUCGCACCUCCCUAUUCUAUGCAAUCGAAUCACGGCUUCAGGCCCUGGAGCGGCUCGCUCCCGCUAGCCUCAAUAGUGAGACAGCGCCUCCCAACUUCAGCCACAUCGACGUCGAUACCUCACCCAAUGGUGUUACCAAUACCUCAGAGGAUGCCCUCGACUUCGCCGGGUCAGCAAACUUCGACUUCAACGCCGAACAUUCGUCACACAACUUUGCAUCUGCUAUUGAAGUGACAAGCAGUGUCGACCCAGAUCUGGGAGUCCAAGAAGACGACUUGAAUUUCGAUGAUUAUCUCGACUUCUCUUUUGCAUCUUAUGCAGAAGACACUGAUACUUCAACUUCGCCUAUCUCCAACUUCGACAAUGCCCAACGCCAACAAGUUGCCGAUGCCAACACCAUGAUCGCUAAUGCUACUAUGCCGGCAAAUAUGCUGGCUGGCGGACCACUGGGAACCCCAGCUACAGCUCCCGCUGCUCUCCCUCCUGCUCGCCUUCGCUGCAUCACCUGCAACAGACCUUUCCAUCGUACUGGUGAUCUCAAUCGCCAUGCGCUCAAGCAUAACCCGAAUGCCCGCCGCUAUGCUUGCCCUGAACCCACCUGCAGGUUCUCUGGUUUGAACGGGAUGGUGCGCAAGGACAAGAUGAAGGAACAUCGAGCUCGUCAUGGACACUAGAGUUACCGUUGAAGGUACUUAGCCUCUGCUGACGCUUGGAGGAGUUCUUUGGUGUGGAGGUAUUUCUUUCCAAGUCUGCUUUUUGAAUUGCGCCUGUCUUUGUCCAAUUGAUACUUGAUGAAGUUCUCACUUCUCACCUUCUCCUUUUAUGGCACAUGUCGAGAGAAACUGCUGUCUUUACUAUGCCGGCAACAUGUCCAUUACUUUAUACAUUCUCGACGCUCUCUACUUCUGUGGACUUGGGAUGGUUAUUCUCAAUUUAUGUUGUUCUUGCUUCAUAGCACGUUCGUUCUAAAUUACUCAAUCAAAAUAUUUCCUUCCUUUCCUUCCAUGACAUUGCUCAUAAAUAUUUACGCCGGAGCCUAUCAUUGACCACUUAGUAUCGUGACCAAUUUUCGCUUUAUUGGGCAUGGCCCUGAAUUAGUAAUCUGCUCUCUC